AUGGAAGAAGCAGAUUGGCUAGAGGACAGAACAAGAAUGAUGGCCCAUUUCUGGAGGAAUAUUCAGGUGCACAAGUAUUGUUCCAUGCAGAACCCGGUAGUGCAGAAAGCUUUGCUAGCUUACCAGGUGGAACAGUGCAAGCGCUGGCACGUAGCGGUAAAGACAUCAUCGGGACCCUAUGACCUAUCUUUGGUCAAUGAGAGAGUUCUCAAGGAGACCAGAGAAAGGGUGUACUGGGAGACUCGUGACAAGAGAGACAAUGCAAGAGACUAUAAGGCACAAGCAGAGGCGUCCUCUCAGCUUGUGCUGUUUGCCUUGGACAAAACCCUCACAGGAUCAUUGAGUGCAAGGCCACUCGCACAUGGGACAAUGCCUGCAACACCAUUUGCUCAUGCAUUGGCAGAAUUCUUACCAUGUGGGAUGGAAAACAUGUAUGCAGCGACUGGCAAUGACUCAGUGGAUGCAACAAAACUACUCAUGACUGAAGACACUUUUGCUCCGGAUGUGGCUCAUCCACUCACGGAGCUCAAGCUUGUCCUCGAGCGCAGAAAGCUCAAGGCCCUCACGCCAUAUGAUCCGGAUGCUUGGGAGAAGGAACUCUUUGUUGAAGUCUGA